AUGGCUAACCAGCUCUUUCUCCUGGGUCCUUUGCCCGAUGCCAAUGCAUCGUUACCCAUCACGAAUGUUGUUCUCAGCACAUUGACCAGCGAUGGAACUGGCCGCUACCCUCCCAACAUGCAGAGACCCGACGAGCGCGCCGUUCCUGACCUCCUUAGUCAAGUUUUCAACAUGAAUGGCCAUGGCUCUCGUCUCUUUGGUUUUGGCCACAAUGUCAACUUCAUCGGCACUCUGCCGCAGGGCUAUGCGGCUUUCAACAACACGACUCCUGCAGGUCACACCAUGGUCGAGCUUUGGGGUCAUCCUCAUGGAUAUGCUUUCACGUUCGUCAGAGACUUCUCAGUACAUGUCGUCAGUAUCACAGCCUGGUCGGAUGCAGAUCGUUCAGGUGGUCGAGAGCGACCAGAGUACUUCGAAGAAAUGCAAAAAGUGGACGACCCAAGAGGCUUGGGGAAAAGCGAAGUUUCAUAA